UAUUAUUUUACGCACUUCCCGGAAGUGGUCAUCACUGAUUGUUUACAAGUGUCGCUUAUCCCGCCUCGCGGUUUGAGAAAGAAAACAACAGCAACCGACCAAGAAGGAUGAAAAAGACCGAAAAGGUUCUGCAUCUCAAGAGCUGCCGGGGCCGGAAGCUGCGUGUAGUGCGCGAGCAUUACCUGCGCGAGCGCGUCCCCUGCUACAGCGGCCUGUGUGAGGCGGGCUGCGACAACACCGGAGGCAGGGUGCUGCCGGGGGACCUGACCCACUACGUGGUGCCGGACGUGGGCGUGGUGCUGGACUACCUGGAGAUCCUGGAGUUCAGGGAGCUGCAGGGCGUCGUCUUCACGCAGACCGCCUGCCAGGCGCUGCAGCUCGCCAAAGGCCGCAGGCAAUUCAACCGUCUGCGAAACCUUCUCAAAGACCCUCGACACCACUGUGUGCUCUUCGCCAAUGAGUUCCAGGAGGAUUCGUACUGUCCGCGGGAGAAGGGGGAGAAGCAGGAGGAGUGGCAGACCAGGUGUGUGUACUCUGCUGCGGUGUGGUACUACAACCAUCUGGCCGGUAUGAAGGACGUGGUGAUGAUCACGGAGGACCAGGAGGCCGUGGCUCGGUACGGCAGCCUCACCUGCGGAGUCUACGUCAUCUCCCUCCAGGACUUCCUGCUGAACUUCCUGCCGGAGCUGACGGCGGCUCGUGACCUGUACGCCGCCGUGUCCCAGGCGCUGCAGGAGAAGGAGAGCGAGGUCACGGAGAAGGAGUUCGCCGAACACCUGCCCGCCGAGGUCCUGGAGGCCGGCAUCAAGUCCGGCCGCUACGUUCAGGGCACUCUGAACGUCAGCAGGCACCGGGCGCACAGCGAAGCGUCCGUCACCGCGGACGGUUUGUCCAACAAGAACUCAGAUCUGAGUUGCGGCGUGUUGGUCUGCGGCGCCAAGAACCGCAACCGGGCCGUGCACGGCGACGUGGUGGCGGUGGAGCUGCUGCCGAGGAGCGAGUGGAGAGGGAGGACCACGGCUCUGACCGAAGGCCAGGGGGGGGGGGACGAGAAGAGCGGGGAGGACGCCGACAGGAAGCCAAUGCCCACGGGCCGCGUCGUCGGCGUCCUGCAGAGGAACUGGAGGGACUACGUGGUGACCUUCCCCCCCCGAGAAGGAGCCCAGCCCCAGAGCAGGAGCAGCCAGCGCCUCCUGGCCGUCCCCUGGGACCACCGCGUCCCCAAGAUCCGCGUCAGCAGCACGCAGGCCGACGCCCUGCAGGACCACAGGGUGGUGGUGCGCAUUGAUUCCUGGGAAAGCUCGUCGCUCUACCCCAACGGCCACAGCGUGCGCGUUCUGGGUCGCGCCGGAGAGCUGGAGACGGAGGUCCAGACCAUCCUCAUCGAGAACGGCAUCCACGUGCCCCCGUUCUCCGACGCGCAGCUGAGGGAGCUGCCGGCGAGCUCGCCCGAGAGGCCGUGGGCGGUGGACCCGGCGCAGGUGGCGCGGCGGCGGGACCUGAGGCGGAGCCACCUGGUUUUCAGCAUCGACCCGCUGGGCUGCGAGGACGUGGACGACGCGCUGUCGGUGCGGCGCCUCGCCGGAGGGACGCUGCUGGAGCUCGGCGUGCACAUCGCCGACGUCACCCACUUCGUGGCCGAGGGCUCGCUCACCGACCUGGAGGCGCGAGCCAGGGCGACGACGUACUACCUGGCCGACCGGCGCUACGACAUGCUGCCGCCUGUGCUCAGCGCCGACCUCUGCUCUCUGCUGGGGGGGGUCGACAGGUACGCGAUGAGCGUGCUGUGGGAGCUGGACGCGCAGACCCUGUCCGUGCAGAAGGUGUGGUACGGGCGCACGCUGGUGCGCUCCUCCUACCAGCUCCACUACGAGCUGGCCCAGGCGCUCCUGGACGGGGGGGGGGCCGAGGUGCCGGAGCUGGAGGGGCUCGGCCCCGAGGAGACGGAGGCCCGGCUGGCGGAGCUCAAGGGGGCUCUGGAGACGCUGACCCGCGUGGCCCGGCACCUCCGGGCGCAGAGGGACCGGGGGGGGGCGCUGGAGCUGGAAGGGGUGGAGGUGCGAGCCCAGCUGGACGAGCAGAGGAACAUCACGGCGCUGGUCCCCCGGGAGCCGCUGGAGGUCCACGAGACCGUGGCCGAGUGCAUGAUCUACGCCAACCACUGGGUGGCGCGCAAGAUCCAGGAGGCCUUCCCCCACCAGGCCCUGCUGCGGCGCCACCCGCCCCCCCGCCAGGAGUUCUUCAGCCAGCUGGUGGAGAGCGCCGCGGCCCGGGGGUUCACCGUGGACACCAGGACCAACAAGGCUCUGGCGGACUCUCUGGAUCGCGCUGUGGACCCACAGGACCCGCUGGUGAACAGGAUGCUGAGGAUCAUGGCCACUUCUGCCAUGUCGCAGGCCGUGUACUUCUCCACUGGCCUCCAGUCCCAAGACCAGUUCUACCAUUACGGACUGGCGCUGGACCGCUACACUCACUUCACCUCGCCCAUCCGUCGCUAUGCCGACGUGGUGGUGCACCGCCUCCUCACCGCGGCCAUCGACGUGGACGAGGGUCGUGACCCCAGCACAGCCGUGGCCGGCAACAAAGACCUGGAGGAGACGAGCCGUCACAUCAACACCAAGAACCGGGCCUCCCAGCAGGCCCAGAAGUUGUCCACAGAGUUGUUUCAGUGUCUCUACUUCAAGGAAAGAGACCCUCAGUCGGACCGGCGCUGCCUGGCGGACGCCGUCAUCUACUCCAUCCGAGACAACGGCGUGUUGGUGUUUGUCCCGGAGUACGGAGUUAAGGGGCCGGUGUACAUGAAGAAUCGAGAGGGUCAGGUGGUGGCGCCCGGAGAGGGCGGUCUCUGCGAGUGGCAGAGCGGCGCCGUGCGGCGUCACUCUGACCACAUCAGCACCACGUCCAGCUGCGGCACCUCCACCUUCCGCCUGUUCGACCACAUCACCGUCUGCGUCUCCGUGCGCUCCACCCACUGCCACGCCGACGCCCUCCACCUGGAGCUGGUCAGCAACAGGCCCCACCGCGGCGCCGAGCCCAAGCGGCCCGGCCCGCAGGGCCGCAGCCAGCUGGUGCAGGAGGUGGUGCGUCUGGCCGAGGAGGCGUCCCAGCAGAAGGCCCGCCGGCCCAAACUCUCCAGAGAGGAGCGGGAGUUCAGCCAGAGCAAGACCCCCAACCUGUACUCCCUCCUGGAGGAGGUCCGGGAGCUGGCUCUGCUCGACCUGGACGCCAUGUCGCGGGUUGCCGCGGCAACCGCGUGAAGCUGACUUCACAGAACUGGUUUAUCGUUUAUAAAGUGUUAACAUUUAACAUGAAACGAUGAUCUGAUUUUAAUCAUUUCAAACUAUUACGUUUUUUUAUCAGUGUGUGUAUUAUUCAAUAUGGCCAAUAUGUUUAUUAAUAAAAGGUGAACUUUUA